GAUGUUCAUGGAAUGUACAUGAAUAAGUGCAUCACUAUACAGAGGGAAAUUUAAUAAGCAAAUUGUGCACUUUCCUCUAAAUCAAAUUUGUGACAUAAGCGACAACAGCUUCAAUAUGGUUGUAAGGUCGUGGUUACGAAAGGGUUUACUUAAUAUAGUAAAGUAGUUCGGUGUUAUUCUUAUUUAUUAGUAGGCUGUGUAGGUAUGUAUACAUUUAGACAAUUUGGAAGAAAUGGUCUGAAACUGUUUUGGAUCUUUGCGAGGAAACGUGCAAAAUUCAGUAGUGCGUUUCGUAGUAAUUGUCUUUGGCGAUGUCAGAACAAACGUUGUGGCUUGUUGCCAAUGUAUUUACCAAGAAACACGGCGUGUGUUUGGGACAUAGAAGCCAGUGAAUAUUCAGAAGAGUUUCAGAAGCGACAUGUGCCAUUAUUAUUAUCAAGUGGUGUGGCCCUUAUUCUGGCAUUGUGCUCGGAGCGAUCAAAAGACAAGCAGUUAUUCCGUGCAGCAAAGUAUGGAAAUGCAGAAGAAAUUGAGAGUUUAAGCGCUGGAGGUGUAGAUGUUAACAUACGCCAUCGUCUUGGUUGGACGGCCCUGCAGGUGGCAGCAGUUAACAAAAAUGUGGAGGCUGUGAGAGCUCUGUUGAAAGCAGGAGCUGAUCCAAACUUGGGUGAUGAAUUCAAAGGUGCUCACAGAACUGGAAUUGAAAUGGGUCUUCAUGCUGUGGAUGUUACUAUGAUAAGGGAGCAUGAGUUCAGUGAUGUGCUGAGCAAUCGUGUAUCUUUCCGUGGCUUCACGUCACUGCAUUAUGCAGUAAUAAUUGAUGAUAUUGAAGUUGUUAAGGCCCUGCUUGAAGGAGGGGCAGACCCAACAAUCAAGAAUGAUUCGGGAAAUAUUCCUGUUGAUCUUGCAGAUUCUGCAGUAAUCAAAGAUAUGCUACUCAAAUCAUCUGUUCAGUUCAAGGAAAUGCAGUUGAAGAUAGAGGCGGAGGAGAGACUUAGGUUUCCACUGGAACAGCGACUUAAACAGUACAUUGUGGGACAGGAAAGUGCAAUUACAACCGUAGCGUCAACUAUCCGCAGGAAGGAGAAUGGUUGGAUAGAUGAACAACAUCCUCUGGUUUUUCUAUUCUUGGGAUCUUCUGGUAUUGGGAAAACUGAGUUAGCAAAACAGCUUGCCAAGUAUCUGCACAAGAAGAAGGACAAUGCCUUCAUACGCAUUGACAUGUCAGAGUACCAACAAAAGCAUGAGGUUGCAAAGUUGAUUGGAGCUCCACCUGGUUAUGUUGGACAUGAUGAUGGAGGCCAGUUGACCAAGAGACUUGCUAUGUUUCCAAAUGCCAUUGUCUUGUUUGAUGAAGUUGAUAAAGCACAUCCUGAUGUUCUGACUGUCCUUUUGCAACUGUUUGAUGAGGGGCGUCUCACAGACGGGAAAGGACAAACAAUUGAGUGCAAGGGUGCAAUCUUCAUAAUGACUUCAAACCUUGCUAGUGAUGAGAUAGCACAGCAUGCCUUAGAGUUGCGCAAGGAAGCAAAACACAUAACAGAUAAUAGACUUGAAGACAAAAUAGAUGAUGGUGAGGUGCCAGAAAAGAUCACCGUAUCUCGAAACUUCAAGGAAAAUGUAGUGCAGCCAAUCCUCAAAUCUCAUUUUCGGCGAGAUGAAUUUCUGGGUCGAAUCAAUGAAAUUGUGUACUUCCUACCAUUUUCUCGUUCAGAACUUCUUCAGCUUGUUGCCAAGGAAUUGAAUUUCUGGGCUCGAAAGGCUAUGGAAAAACACAAAAUAAAGCUAAUAUGGGACCAUUCAGUACUGGCAGUCCUUGCAGAUGGUUAUGAUGUUCAUUAUGGUGCACGCUCCAUAAAGUAUGAGGUGGAGCGUCAGGUGAUUAAUCAGCUUGCAGCAGCCCAUGAACGAGGUAUAAUUGGACAUGGCAGCACUGUGAAAUUAGCAGAGUUGCCUGCUUCAGGAACAGGCAGUAGUACCAUCAAAUUAUGGGUCAAACAGAAAGAAGGCAUGGAUUACAUUGAUAUUGAAGAGGAAAGAGAUUUAAAAUCUCCAUUUCUGUAGUUACAGUUGUGACAUUCAACAUAAUGUAAAAUAUUGUUAAUAAUAUUUAAGACCUCACUGUUGCA